AUGGCUAGUCUACAGGCGGCGAAGAAGGACCUCCGGCGGAGAAUGCGGGAUGCGCUGCACAAGAUCCCCGCCGACUCCAUCACAAAUCAAUCCAGAGUCGCCGCCAACAGGCUGUUUGCUCUCCGAGAAUACCAGGAUGCAAGGAGGAUUGGGGUUUAUCUCUCCAUGCCGGCAGGGGAAUUAUCCACCACGGCCAUCGUUCGGGAUGCUCUGGCAAGUGGUAAGGAGGUCUUCGUGCCCUACAUACACAAGCUAGAGUUAUCGGAACAGUCGAGGACCUCCGUUAUGGACAUGCUCAAGCUAGAGUCGAUGGAAGAAUUCGAGGCUCUCCAGCCCGACAAAUGGGGGAUCCCGUCGCUGUCCGAGGUCCAAGUACUCAGGAAGAUGAAUUGCUUUGGGGGCAAAGGAGUCUCGCCCCAGCCAGAAGACGCUACAAAAGGACCUUAUGGGCUCGACUUGAUUGUGAUGCCAGGAAUGGCAUUUGAUGAAGGGCUCAGGAGAUUAGGGCAUGUUGCCCUAUCUCUCAAGGAGCAAAUGCUUCCCCCGACCGAAGAGAUACCGGUAGCGGAUCAUGACUGGCCUGUAGACAUGCUCAUCGUCGGUGAUGACCGGUCUCUGGUGCACCAACACUGA